AUGAUAUCUGGAAAGGAUAGCAUUACUGUUGUCUCCCAUAAGGAUCAACCAGGAAUAUGUCAAAGAAUUUCCAAUUCUCUGAUGGCAGUUAUUGCAGGUUUCUUACUUCUGCCUAUGUCGUGUUAUCUUUUGUAUUACAACGAGGGCCAGUCAGUGAUGAGGGCAAAGUCUUUAGAUGAAGGUUUAUCAAAAGUGAUUCUACUUGAUACAACUGAAGUUGCUUUUGAGGAAAAUAAUGGCAAGCUUGUGUAUGCCAGUGGGCCCAUCAGUACAGAUAAAGUUGUAACUGAUCCAUACUUUAAUGUUGCUAUUCAUGCUGCUAAAUUGAAACGAGUUGUAGAAAUGUAUCAAUGGGUAGAACAUACUUCUAAACAUGAAGUUGUUGAAAAUGGCAAAAUAAGAAAAGAAAUCACGUAUUCAUACUUGAAAGAAUGGAAAACUCACCAUGUAGACAGUUCCAAAUUUCAAGAUGCAUCACAUUCCAACCCAUCUUCAAUGGUUGUUGAAAGUGCAACUUUUACUGCAAAACCAGUCAAGUUAGGAAAUUUUUAUCUUUCUGAUAGUUUGGUCAAACAAAUAAAUGAUUACAAGCCAUUGCCCACUAGCUUUCUUGUUCAACAUGAUGAUUAUUCACCUGAAAUCUCUCAAAUUUAUCAAGGUCGAGAUCCUAACAACCCAAUGAUUGGAGAUUUGCGUAUCCGUUAUUCCUUUGCUGGUACUGUGGUUGAAGGUGAUGCUGAGCUUGGCACAGUAACAGAAAUUAGUGUUGUGGCUCGUCAGAUAUUCAACCAAUUAGCUCACUACCAGACACAGGCUGGGGGUACACUUGAAUUACUCCAUAUUGGGAAAUGGUCUCCAGAGCAAAUAUUUAACAAAGAACAUUCUGAAAACAACAUGCACACUUGGAUUCUCCGCGCAAUUGGAUUUAUUACCGCUUUCUUUGCUUUCCACUGCCUCACAAAUAUUUUCCACACACUUGUUGAUUGGGUGCCACUAAUAAACCAACUUGUUUACCUUGGUUUGUUUUUCCUGAAUGUCUUCCUGGCCACAUCUUUUACAGUUACUGUCAUUGCAUUCUGCUGGUUGAUGUUCAGGCCCCUUUAUGCUUCUGCUUUACUCCUGCUAGUCAGCAUUCCCUGGAUGCUUGGUUGGAAAAGAAGAGGAAAGGCAAUAUCAGCUCGAUAUUUACAUAAAGAGUGA